AUGGCCAGCAUAACUCGGGGCCAGCGAGCCCUGCACGCUCAAUUCCAACCUUGGAACCACUCUCGUUUCCACUCCCACCUCCGAUCCCAAUUACUGCCCAUCUGCGCGCAACCCCAGCUCUUCUCAACCUCCGCCCCGAGCCAGCAAUCCCGCCGACCCUCCCCAUCACCCCCAACAACAACCACCGUCUCAGUCCCCUCCAAAUCCGAAAUAAAUGCCCCAAUCAGUACACACCCUGCUCCCCUCACAACCCCCUCUCCUCUACCUUCCUCCGCAGGCGCAGCAGACAAACUAAAACGCUAUGUCGAAUUCGGCCGCGCAUACGUGACCUUCUACAAAACGGGCCUGAAAAAUGUCUACCGGAACUAUCGCGCCUCGCUUCCUCUACGGAGAAAACUAGGCCUACCCGCCUACAUCCCUAUAUCCCCGCGGACAAGCACACACAACAACAACCGCUGCGCGCCAUCAAUAACACAAGAAUCCAAGCUCGGCCGCGCACAGUUCCAGCUCGUCCGUCGCUCCGCCCGCGAUGUCCGCCGGAUGAUCCCCUUCACGUUGAUCCUGAUCGUCUGCGGCGAGUUCACACCCCUGAUCGUCCCGAUCUUCGGCUCUGCCAUUACACCCGCGACGUGUCGUGUGCCCUCGCAGGUGGGGAAGGAGCGCGUUGCUGCUACAGCGCGCAAACUUGCGGCGCUGGAUGUGUUUGUUACUGGGGAUAAGGAUCGGUCUGUGCAUUUGCUCAAAGCGGGCGGUGCGGAGCAGUUGGCUCUGCUUGCUGGGCGUUUUGCUGAUCCUGUCUGGGUCGCUGAUGCGGGCUCCGCUGAUGUGCUGCGUGCCAGUGCGGUUUUUGGUCUAGUUAAGCGCCAUGACAAGACUGCGGGCGAGUCGCUCGCUGGUUUGAUCUACCGGCCUCGGCUGGCGCGGUAUGUCGAGUACCUGGCUAUUGAUGAUGGGAUGAUUCGCGUUGGUGGAGGGGUUAAGGCUAUGAAUGAUACUGAAGUGCGAAUCGCAGUCGAGGAACGCGGUGGUGUAGAUGUCUCUUCCGGCACUCAAGACCGAAAACGGGUAGAGGAAUUGGAGAGGCGCUGGUUGGAGCAGUGGCUGGCUGUUCGUGGAAACAGUUCAAAGUCCAAAAAGCCGUAG